UCUGUUUCAGAAUUUAGAAUAAUGGUCUUUAAAUAUACUCUUGUAGAGGUUUUUUCUGAAUUGGCAAAAGAGCACCAUUGUACUUGGAGUCGUUUUUGAGUGAGUCACUGUGCACAUCCCUGAGGGUGACAGAACAAAGAUUCUCUUGUGCUUUUCUAUAGCAGAUGCACAUUCAGAGGACUCCUUGGGAAGUAAAAGAAUUUAUUUAUGCUUAUGGGGCCCUUUGACCUUCAUUUGAAAGCUCAACUGGAUAGAAAGGGAAUGUUAGAUCUGGAUGUGGCCUUUAGGCACCUUAUUUUACAUGUAUUGGAGAUUUCCAACUUGAGGAAAAAAACUGGGCAUCCAGGAGUUUAGACACCGUAAGAUUUUGUUUGUGAGAGAAUUGCAUAGAGAAGGAGCAGCCAGGCAUGAUGAGUUUGACUAUAUGACAAAGUCCUGUCCUUUGGAACAGAUACAGUGAUUGUGAACUAUAUAACAUUAUGGUUAUCAUUUGCCUUUACCUUGGACCAGCCUGUGUAAACUUAGGUCUGACUGUAAGUAAAAACUAAACAAGCCAUUUUAUUAAGAACUUGAGGUUAUUGAGGCAUAAGCACCUCCUAUUUGAUGUUCUCCACUACUAGAUGUUCUCUACCACUUUGCCAUAAACUGAAACUUUUGGCACUUGGAAGGCUUCAGGGUUUAGCAUAUGGCAGAGACAGUGGGGCUCAUGGGACAGGACAGUUAGUUCACAGCAGAAGUAGCAACACUGCCUAGCACGUGUUUGUGAGCAUAUAUAUAGCAUUCCCAGAAAUACUUGGUGGGGUCAAGAGCUAGUGAAAUGAGUUGCAUACAGGAUAAAGGAGCUGCACUCCACAGAGGUAAAAUGUCUUGCUCAAGGUCACAUGAUUCAUCAGUGACUUCCUCAGUCCACUAGCACCCCUCUGCUUUCUGUUUAUCAGAACAGUGAACUUUAGGCUAUAUUUUAAGCUUUGAACUUUUGUUUCUGUACUGACGUUUACAUAGAUGCUUAAUAUUUUCCUAAAUAAGUGUCUUGUUUAAUCUUGCCUGUGCUAUGUGAAGUACCCUAGGGUGUCUGUGUCAGAUUAAUGGACAUUUAUAAUUCUCAGAUUUUAUAUAGAAUGAAAACUGGUGAACUUGAUAUGUGAUUUCUUAUACCAUUCUGUUCUGUAACUUAGACUUUUGUUUUCAGAGGAUGGUAACCUAGUUUGGCUUCUUAAAAGCAUUCAACUGAUAUGAGAAGGCUUCAUCAUAGUAAAUUGUUUAGUAAAGAGUUUAUGAGUGUCACACGUGCUGAGUGGAGUUCGGAUUAUUUAUGAGCUCCUUAAAUGAUUCUGAGGCUUAAAUGAUUCUAAAAAGCACUGUUUUUAAAUGCCAGGAAUGAAAGAUUAAAGUUCUUUCGUUAGGAGAGGAGAUAGGCAAAUACACAGACAGUUAAAAUACUGGCUGGUUAAGCACUUUGAUAGUUGUAAAUAUCAGGUGCUCAGGAGUUUUUAGGACAGUUGGGAGAGAGGAGUAAAGGGUAGGCAGGUACCAUUCAAGUUGUUUUAAAAAAGGGAACCCUGUCUUGAGUAUAGAUAAGAAUAUGUGAAAGUUAGAUGAAGAAGGGACGAUAUGUGUUUCCUGAAAAGGGAACAGCAUUUGCCAAGGCCACAAGAUGCGCUUGGCACAAACAUCCAAGUUGCCUGGGCAGCUGGAACAUCGGGACAAGAAUUAAUAGUAGAAUAGAUGAGGCUGGAGGCGUGGUUAGGAUUCAGAUUGUGGAAGACCGUGUUCUCCUUAUUGAGGAGUUUGUAUUUGCUUUUUAGAAAGAUAGCUCUGACAGCACUAUGACAAAUGGAUCACAGGCCGGAGUAGAGGCAAGAAGGCUGUUUUCUGUUAUCUAGUGAGAAAUAGUGAAUCCCUAAACUGCUCCAGUUGGGAUGGUAAACAGAGAUGUUUAGGAAGUAGAAUUGACAGAUUCCUGGCUGGAGCCAUUGAAGGACUUAAAUACUAUUUAUUCUUACCUUCAUGGAAUGGAAAUAUUAUCAAAUCUCAGGGAACAUCAGCUUAGAUUGUUGUCUGCAAGAGCACGAUACGAGAGAUACAGUGGCAAUCAAAUUCUUUUUUGUUCAGAAACUAUUGCCAGAUGUUGGUAUAUUCUGCUUUCUGGAUCUGUGCUAAUGAAAGACUCCAUGGUCUUGCCUCCUUGCAGUUUUGGUAAGCAGUUUGGAGGAAAAAGAGGAUGUGAUUGUCUUGUGUUAGAGCCUUCAGAAAUGAUUGUGGUAGAGAAUUCCAAAGAUAAUGAAGAUUUUCUACAUAGAGAGAUUCCUGCCAGACAGUCUCGACGAAGAUUUCGGAAAAUUAACUAUAAAGGAGAGCGUCAAACUAUCACUGAUGAUGUGGACAUUAACAGCUAUCUUUCUCUUCCAGCCGAUCUUACCAAGAUGCACAUCACAGACAACCCUCAUCCACAGGUGACUCAUGUGUCUUCUAGUCAGUCUGGUUGUAGCAUCGCCAGUGACUCUGGGAGCAGCAGUUUAUCUGAUAUCUAUCAGGCUACAGAAAGUGAGGUAGGAGAUGUAGAUUUAACACGUCUUCCAGAAGGACCUGUUGAUUCUGAAGACGAAGAAGAGGAAGAUGAAGAGAUUGAUCGAACAGAUCCUCUGCAGGGGCGAGAUCUUGUUCGAGAAUGCCUUGAAAAAGAACCUGCAGACAAAACUGAUGAUGACAUUGAACAAUUACUGGAGUUUAUGCACCAGCUCCCUGCUUUUGCAAACAUGACCAUGUCUGUGAGGAGAGAACUCUGCUCAGUGAUGAUUUUUGAAGUGGUAGAGCAGGCUGGAGCUAUUAUUCUUGAAGAUGGGCAAGAGCUUGACUCAUGGUAUGUUAUUUUAAACGGCACCGUGGAAAUCAUUCAUCCAGAUGGAAAAGUUGAAAAUCUCUUUAUGGGAAAUAGUUUUGGAAUUACUCCCACUCUGGAUAAGCAGUACAUGCAUGGAGUUGUUAGGACUAAAGUAGAUGAUUGUCAGUUUGUCUGCAUAGCCCAGCAGGAUUAUUGGAGAAUUUUAAAUCAUGUGGAAAAGAAUACCCAUAAAGUUGAAGAAGAGGGAGAAAUUGUUAUGGUUCAUGAGCACCGUGAACUUGAUCGGAGUGGAACCAGGAAAGGACACAUCGUAAUCAAGGCAACACCUGAGCGUCUCAUCAUGCAUUUAAUAGAAGAGCAUUCCAUUGUGGACCCAACUUAUAUAGAAGAUUUCCUAUUAACUUACAGGACAUUUCUUGAAAGUCCGUUGGAUGUUGGGGUCAAACUAUUGGAAUGGUUUAAAAUUGACAGCUUAAGGGAUAAGGUAACACGGAUUGUAUUAUUAUGGGUAAAUAAUCAUUUUAAUGAUUUUGAAGGUGAUCCUGCUAUGACUCGAUUUCUGGAGGAAUUUGAAAAAAAUCUGGAAGAUACAAAAAUGAAUGGUCAUCUCCGUUUGUUGAAUAUUGCCUGUGCUGCAAAGGCUAAGUGGAGACAAGUUGUGCUGCAGAAGGCUUCCCGGGAGUCCCCUCUGCAUUUCAGCCUUAGUGGAGGAAGUGAGAAGGGAUUUGGUAUUUUUGUUGAAGGAGUGGAACCCAGCAGCAAAGCUGCUGAUGCAGGACUGAAACGUGGUGAUCAGAUAAUGGAAGUAAAUGGACAAAACUUUGAGAAUAUUACAUUUGUGAAGGCCCUUGAAAUUUUGAGGAAUAAUACUCAUCUUGCGCUUACUGUAAAGACCAACAUUUUUGUGUUCAAAGAAUUACUUAGUAGGACUGAACAAGAGAAAUCUGGUGUUCCUCAUAUUCCCAAAAUUGCUGAAAAAAAAAGUAAUCGCCAUUCAAUCCAAGAUGUACCAGGAGAUAUUGAACAGACAUCACAAGAGAAAGGAAAUAAGAAAGUAAAAGCAAAUACGGUUUCAGGUGGAAGAAACAAAAUCAGGAAAAUUUUGGAUAAAACACGAUUUAGUAUCUUGCCUCCAAAACUGUUUAGUGAUGGAGGCCUGAGCCAGUCACAAGACGACAGCAUUGUGGGAACGAGACACUGUAGGCACAGUUUGGCUAUAAUGCCUAUUCCUGGAACACUGUCAUCCAGCAGCCCUGAUCUCCUGCAGCCUACCACCAGCAUGUUGGAUUUUUCCAAUCCUUCAGCUGUUGGUUUUUACUAUAUUCCUGAUCAAGUUAUAAGAGUUUUCAAAGCAGAUCAACAGAGUUGCUACAUUAUCAUCAGUAAAGACACCACAGCUAAAGAAGUUGUUUGUCAUGCUGUUCAUGAAUUUGGUUUGUCUGGUGCAUCUGACACAUAUUCUCUCUGUGAAGUUUCUGUUACUCCUGAGGGUGUUAUAAAACAGCGAAGACUUCCGGACCAGUUCUCCAAAUUGGCUGAUAGAAUUCAGCUCAAUGGAAGGUAUUAUUUAAAAAAUAACAUGGAGACAGAAACCUUAUGUUCAGAUGAAGAUGCUCAAGAACUAGUUAAGGAAAGCCAAUUAUCCAUGCUUCAGCUAAGUACCAUUGAGGUGGCCACUCAGCUGUCAAUGAGGGACUUUGAUUUGUUUCGUAAUAUUGAGCCUACUGAAUACAUUGAUGACCUUUUUAAGUUAGAUUCCAAAACAGGAAAUACUCAUUUGAAAGAGUUUGAGGACAUUGUAAACCAAGAGACAUUCUGGGUUGCCACAGAGAUUUUAACUGAAUCAAAUCAACUCAAACGAAUGAAGCUUAUUAAGCAUUUUAUUAAAAUUGCACUUCAUUGUCGAGAAUGUAAGAACUUCAAUUCCAUGUUUGCAGUAAUCAGUGGCUUGAACCUGUCUUCUGUUGCACGACUCAGAGGUACUUGGGAAAAGUUACCUAGCAAAUAUGAGAAACACCUUCAAGAUCUGCAAGACCUUUUUGAUCCAUCUAGAAACAUGGCAAAGUACAGAAAUGUUCUAAGUAGUCAAAGCAUGCAGCCUCCAAUUAUUCCACUCUACCCUGUGGUCAAGAAAGAUAUGACAUUUCUACAUGAAGGAAAUGACUCCAAAGUAGAUGGUUUAGUAAACUUUGAGAAGCUAAGAAUGAUUGCCAGGGAGAUCCGUCAGGUUGUUCGAAUGACUUCUGCUAACAUGGACCCAGCUAUGAUGUUCCGACAGAGGAAGAAGAGGUGGCGGAGUCUGGGGUCACUGAGUCAAGGCAGCACAAACUCAAACAUGCUGGAUGUUCAGGGAGGUGCUCACAAAAAAAGGGCACGGCGCAGCUCUCUGCUUAACGCCAAGAAGCUAUACGAAGAUGCCCAAAUGGCACGGAAAGUAAAGCAGUAUCUUUCCAGUCUAGAUGUAGAGACAGAUGAGGAGAAGUUUCAGAUGAUGUCAUUGCAGUGCGAGCCUGCAUAUAGUACCUUGACCAAGAACUUAAAUGAGAAGAGAUCAGCCAAAUCAUCAGAAAUGUCUCCAGUGCCUACGAGGUCAUCUGGCCAAGCAGCUAAAGCCCAUUUGCAUCAGCCCCACAGAGUAAGCCAGGUGCUUCAAGUGCCAGCUGUUAAUUUGCACCCCAUGAGGAAGAAGGGACAAGCAAAAGACCCUGCCACAUUGAGUACAGGUUUACCUCAGAAGGUUUUAGGAACAACUGAAGAAAUAAGUGGUAAGAAACAUACAGAAGAUACUAUUUCGAUGGCAUCAUCCUUGCAUUCUAGUCCUCCUGCAUCUCCUCAAGGUUCCCCUCGCAAAGGUUAUACACUUAUACCAUCAGCUAAAUCUGACAACUUGUCUGACUCCAGCCAUAGUGAGAUUUCUUCACGGUCCAGCAUUGUGAGCAAUUGUUCCGUUGACUCCAUGUCUGCAGCUCUACAGGAUGAACGGUGUUCCUCCCAGGCUGUGGCGGUUCCUGAAUCCACUGGGGCAUUGGAAAAGACAGAGCACUCCUCAGGAGCAGGAGACCAUAGUCAUCUUAGCCCUGGGUGGACACUCUCAAAGCCAUCUCUAGUCAAGAGUUUAGCUGUCUCAUCUUCUAUGAGCAAUGAAGAGAUUUCUCAUGAGCAUAUCAUUAUAGAGGCAGCCGAUAGUGGUCGUGGAAGUUGGACUUCCUGUUCAAGCAGCUCCCAUGACAACUUCCAGAACCUUCCAAACCCAAAAGGCUGGGAUUUUUUGAACUCUUAUAGACAUACCCAUUUGGAUGGCCCCAUUGCUGAAGUUGAACCCACUGACUGUGAGCCCUAUUCCUGUCCUAAAGGCUGCUCUAGAACUUGUGGUCAGAAUAAAGGAAGCCUGGAGACAAAUCAGGUGAGACAGAGUUGGGCCUCCUCCAGUUCUCUGUCUGACACUUAUGAACCAAACUAUGGGACAGUUAAGCGGAGAGUGUUGGAGAGCACCCCAGGUGAAUCAUCUGAAGGCUUGGAACUUAAGGAUGGCACUGACUCAGUUUAUAAAACUGUUACUUCAAGUACAGAAAAGGGCUUGAUUGUGUACUGUGUCACCUCACCCAAGAAGGAGGAUAGGUAUAGGGAGCCACCUCCCACUCCUCCAGGAUACAUGGGGAUUUCUUUAGCGGAUCUAAAGGAAGGACCCCACCUACACCUAAAACCUCCAGAUUAUAGUGUGGCAGUGCAGAGGUCAAAGAUGAUGCAUAACAGCCUCUCUAGACUGCCACCCGCUUCUCUCAGUAGCAACCCUGUGGCCUGUGUUCCAUCGAAGAUUGUAACUCAGCCUCAGAGGCAUAAUUUGCAGCCAUCCCAUCCUAAAGUAGCAGCUGUGACUGACGCAGAUAGCGAAGCAGAUGAAAAUGAACAGGUUUCAGCAGUCUAGCCUUUGGAUGACCUGUUUAAAGUCUACUGAAAGUCAUGGCGAAGGAGUGGGCAGAACCACCUCAUGAUUCUGCAGGCCGUUGCCAACAAACAGCUCGCUGCUGCUCCCAACCCAGCAGUUUCAUUCCCUGUACUCCGAACAGUGUGAUAGCCCUGAAUCCUACUUCCUUUCGUUUAACCCCCGCAGAUGCCUAGUUUCCUCAGCUCUGGAUGUUGUGCCUGGAUACCAGUCUUCACUUUGCACACCACACCUGCCUUGGGACCACAGUUACUAGAACAAAUUCAAACUCAAGAGUCCUCCCAUGUCUAUCACUAUAGAUUUUCUUUAACAAGUUGUUUUUUAGAUAGUGGUAGUAGUAUUUCUAAGCCAUAGCUUAAGCUAAUGGACAAGUUCAAAAUGUCUGCCAAUACCAAGGGUAUUCAUGUGUAUUUGACAGUAAUUUAUUAUUUGAAGUUUUGUGGUUUUGUUUGUAUUUGGGAGCUCUCGUUAGCUGUUGUUUAUGUUUGGGGCCAUAAAACUGUCUCUGGUCUGACCAAACAGAAAUUGUCUUGACAGGGCGAUAUGCUCCAUCUGUACAGAGAUGUAACUCGAUUUGUAGCACCAGUGCAAUGUAGGGUCUCAGUUUGAGUGGAAUAGGAAGCCCUUGCGGUUGAGGUGUUAGGAAGGAAAAAUACUGCCAUCUGCUGGUUGUGAUUGGGAAGGCCAAAUGAAGCUGCCAGAGGGUUUCUUUGGGAAAAGGAGAAGGCUAUGAUGGGGAAUUUCCAAAGAAUUAAAUUUUCAUUUUAAAUAACAUGUAUACCAAUUCUUUCUGAAGUGAAAGUCAUGCUGCAUCUAACUGCAACUAAAAGUAUAAAUUCAGUAAAUAGAGAAUGGGUUCUAGAGAGUUCUACUCUGUAGAAACCCAAAAGUAAAAUUUUUCACAACUCAAAUAUGUAGUUCAUUUUUUGUAAAGAAAGUGUAAUCAUUGAUGGUAUAAUCAUGAAGAUGAAUUUAGCAUUUUGCAGUGUUCUGCAGCACCUCCUCUCCUCAUCUCCGACCCUGAGGCUAUGUUCCAUCUUGAUACAGCCUGCAGCUCCCAGCUGCCUGCAAUAAAGCUCAUUAGCCCAUAAGAUGUAUAAUUGAUUGAAACUUUUCUGAGGAAAGAGGAGCGAGAAUUAUGGGAAUAGUUAUCUCUUUGUUCUCAGUUGUAGCCCUUGAGGAAAAGGAGAUAUAUACUUUAACAGCCUGUUGGGUAUGGCGCUCUUAGUGUUUAAUUAAAAUUUCAGUGACUGUUUACUGGAUAAACUAGACUUUCCACAUUUUUACAAAUUAAAUGUUUUCUAUAUCCUAAGUUUAAAUUUUUUCAUUUUUUCUAGUGAAAAGGCAAGUGAAAGUUUAAUAAACUUUUAUGACUACCAAAAAAAAAAGCCAAAGCCAUUAAUGUGCACUACCCAGAUCACAGUGGAGCCAAAAUGGAUUUACUUCUGAGUGGUUGUCCAUAUGUGAAUUUACAGGAUUUAGUUGGUCAGUGACUUCCUUUUCAAGAGCUUGUUCUCUUUUUUUCAUCGCUAUCUCUUCCCUCUCUCUGUCUUUCUGCCUGUGCCCUUCAUUUUAAAAUUAUAAAUCAGUUCCAAGUGGUAAAUGGCAGUAGUCCAUCUUUUCCAUCAAAAUGAUUGUCUCUUCAUUUCAGGAAAAAUGGCAUGUCUGAAAAAUCCACCUGGGGAAAAAGUGUUUAUGUGAAACUUAAGCCUUAGAAAUUAACCCCCGGUAUGUUAGAAUGAGGCUACUUGGCUCCAUAGCUUUCUUGGUCCAUUGCAAUGAAAAGUAGCCUGGAUCAGAAAUCCUGGUUUGAAAGUCACACUAGUGAUUUGACCUAUUAACAGUGGUCCUCUGAUCACAAAUUUUUCCUUCACUGAUUUACACAAUAUUGUUUUUAUGUGUAGAGCAAAACAAAGAAAAUGGAAGAUAUUUUUGCUAUAACCCUCUUUUUAUCAGGUUUGGGUAUUUAUUCUCACUAUUUUAUAUCCAUUACCCCAGAAAAAUGUGCUGUUUGCACAGUAUCUAUUUAUUUGCAGGUCUUUCUAACCGAAUGGGAGCCUUACCCAUCUUUGUUGUUAGUGGUGUCAGUAAUGCCUUGCACAGAGAGCUGGAGGCUUGUGAUUGAGGCUGCACCUUGUAGCUGCCUUUGUUUCAUCUAGCUUGAACUGUGAGUGUUUGGGUCGGCCGAUCACAUUGAUCAGGCACUAAAGCCAAAUGCUUUGUAGUUUGAUAUGUAUGUAUCCCUUAAAAAUCAUGGAGUGUGAUCUUUCCAUUUUAAUUUAGGGUACAUUUCUGCCUUCUCUUAGUUUGUCAUAUGACCAGAACAAGAGAAGCCUUAACCUGUAUUUGCUCCAAUUCUAAAUCCUCAUUUUUUUUUUGUUUUUAUUUUAUAUAUUUAUACCUUUGACAAAGAGACCAGUGCCCACAUCCCACCACAACUCUGAAUCUAUCAGGACUGUUGAAGCAGUAAAUCCUCAGUGCAAACUUUUGCCAAAUAAUAAGUAUCAACAAAAUAAUCUCUUCGUAAUGAAAGGUUCAGAGAAUUAGUAAAUCUAAUAUAUACUUCCAUAAAAGUUUAUUGUAAUUAAUAGGUUUUUACUUCUUCCAAAUGAUUACUUUCAAUAUGAUCUUCAGGGAGAAAAAAACUUAAAUGGUUUUCAUGAGGGUGAUAAGUCACAAUGUCAUCAUGUGCAUGACCUCCUCGAGAAUCUCUCCCAGGCUGGAAAUGUGGCAGUAAUCAUGGGAGUUUUCAAGAAGAAACCUACUUUUUAUAAAGUGUUGUCUCCCCUACAAAAAGAUGGGGAGAAAGUUUCCUUGUAUAUUUAAAACAAUGAUUAUUCUAAUAUAUUUUGUUUCUAAAAAUGUGAUAUUAAAGUAGAUAUAUCCCUUUAGCAUUACCUUAAAGGCUAGAACAAAGGGGUAAAUCUUCAGAAAAGUGUCACAGUACAUUUUCAAGUUUAGACUUGAAUCCCAGUUCAUCUUUAGCUUUCGUUGUGCUUUUUUAACGCUUCUUUAUUUUUGAUACACAGACUGCAGUCGUACUUGAUUUUUUAAAAAUUAAAACAUGAGCUUAUCAGCAAAAGACAAAAACAGAACUGCACAGUCCUAAUAAUCAAAUAGCAAUUAUACUGCACAAUUCAGUGAUUGUAAAGUAUCCUGUAACAAGCAAUGUUUGUUUCCUAUUUUUUGAUACCUCUUAAACUUAUGUCUUUUAGAAAGACAGUGCCUCUGUAUGCUUUUUGUAUUUUUACUGAGUGUAAAUAUUUGUUAUAUUUUUGGUUAAGAGAAUGUAAAAGUACCAUUAUUAUUAGCAUAUCUACUAAUACAUUGGUGGAAUCAAUAAAGAAUCUACAAUAAC